AUGUCCGGCCGGAGCGCCUAUGUGCGCAAGAAGAUCACCCAGACCGAGAAGGACAAGGCGAGAGCAGCCGCGAAUCUCGGCCCUGGAGGAGGAGGAGUAGACCCGAACGACUAUGCCAUCCCUGACUUUCCUCUGCCCCAGACCGGCGCUUCACUGCCCGUUGGCACCGGCAUCGGAACCACCAACGCCCGCUUCCUCAAGUUCUCGGAGCCGCCCCGCGAUGUCAAGGUCGGCACCCCCAGCAUCGGUAGCGGCAGCGGGAGCAGCGAAGGUGGCCGCCGGGACGGAGCUGCCGGCCCCUUGGACGACUUCGCCUACGCGAGGGCAAGGAGACCCACCAUUAAGACAGAGGAUGUCUCCGGCAUCGAGAAGUCUGGCCUGAGGAGCAGGCUGGACAAGAAGAGUGAGGAUGUGAGGCGAGGGCUCGCCAAUACCUUCACUUUCAAGCGCAAGAACAAGGAGCCUGAAUUCCGUCCCGAGUCUGUCGCCACUGUGAGGCCAGGCCAACACCAUGGCUCUGCACCCCUUUCACCCACCGAGCCCGAGUACACAUAUGAGCAGUUUAACAUGGAUACCAUGCAACAGAUGCAGCUGCAAAUGCACAUGCAACAACAACAUCAGCAGCAACAGCAACAACAACAGCAACAGAUGCGAUAUCAGGAAAUGGACCUGCCCAUGUCACCACCCCCAGCCUCGAAACUGCCACCCGUGCCGACCACGCCAGCCAUCAAGCGAUGGAUUGGUGCCGGGAGACCAAUCCAAAGAUGGAACAAGCUUCGCAAAGACCCGGAGCUCUGGGACCCCAAUGGAGAUGUCUUGGUCUUCUUCGGGCACAAGGGACAAAACCCGAGGCCGAACCCUUCUUUCAGGCUGUCGUCCCACAUCAUUGAGGCAACUGAGUCGAGGUAUCUCAUCACACUCCUUCGAGAAGGCACCACGGAGGAGGACAUUUACAUGCCGCCAUCACCGCAAGGAGCACCUCCCAUGCUGCGGCCACACAUGGGUCGUGGUCAGCCGACACCACCAAUCUCUGAAGAUCUUGGAGAGGCCGACGGCCAGAUCUCCUACGAGAUGUACUUCCCUACGCCGGCGAACAUGACCAAGGUGGAGCAGGUCCGAAGCCAGAUUACGACAAGGAAUGUGUUUGCUCUGCUUUACCAUGCAUCCCUCGUCGGGUUGUCCUUGUACCAGGCCCUGUCAGAUCUUCACAUGCGACUCGACGCGUACCUACCACCAGACUCAGACAACGUCGGCAUGAUUCUCAACUACCUGUCUGCUCGAGGCAUCGACGAUGUUCGCAAUGACCCAGAAACGGCAGUGAGCUUGCUGGCAUGGUCGGAAGGCCAGGCAGUGAGGUGGGAGGAAGGCUGGCGGGAGAGCUUCCUGCACUGCGCUGGCAUGUACAGCCAGCUGGAGCAGUGCGCUGAUUUCAAGGAGCUCACGCCCAUUACUAGGGCGCUACUCGAGCGUGCUUGCCUCGAGACACAACUUCGAGUGCAAGCCGCCGAAGAGCGUCUUGCAGAGUUCCAAUACGGCGACAUGUGGCCAGCGGGUGUCAAUGGCCCGUCCAAGGCAGCGGCAGACCGCCUGCAAAAGUUCUUCCUCAGCCACUACUCACGAGCCCACGGAUGCUGGCCGCCAGCAUCGACAGCAGGUCUACCGGACUCGGAAGGAGAAGACAUGUGGCUCACAAGGAACGUCGCACAGUUGCUCCAGAAGGACUUCGGUGCCCUAUACGACUACCUCGUCAACCGUGACAUUACUUGGGACAUGUCCGAGGCUCGCUCGGGGCGAAAGUGGAUGAUGCAGAGCGAUAAGGACAAAGGGUUCGAUGCCGACAUUGACAUUCCCAUGACGGACAUGCUCGUUGAAUACGAUAAUAAGCUGCGCUGCCCGCACAUCCCGCACCCGUACCCUCUUGUCCCGGAGUCAAUCACUCCGGCUCCCAGCCCCAAGGACUCAUCAAUGUUCAAGAAGAAGAACGCCCCCACAAACAAUAGAGGCGGUGCGCUGGAACGACGAGUGCAAUUGGCAUACACGGAGGCGACCAAUAUUUACAUCCUGGGAUCGGACUUUACACAAUCCGACCUCAUCGACGCAUUCGUCAAGUUUGAAAAGAGCGACAGCAUCACCGAGGUGGACCCCGCAGUAGCCAGACGGGGCCGUUGGGUGUUGAUUUAUGGCAUCCUCCAGACCCUGGCUAGUGUUUCGGUGGACGCCCCCAAUGUUCGGUACCGAGACGACGUCCCUUACCACCUGUCCCCGCGCCUAAAAGGAACCAGAGUGCCGCCUUGGAAGGGAUCAAGCACACCGGACGAGGCGUCGCAUGAGCUGUCGCAUUGCUGGGUUGUGCAGAAUACGUGGAACAACCAGAACAGCAGCGGUGCAGAGAGCUCCGAAGGGGACUCGGGCAACACCAGCCCCAUCCAAGGUGUCGGUCGGCCCUUUGCCUACACGCGGGCUCCAGCGUCUACGACGUCGCGGGGCUCCGGAUACCAGACCCCGGCGGCCCGGUCCGUCCACUCGGCAGGGUCUGCACCGCCUUUUAGCUCUGCGUACAGCGUGGUCAGUGAGAGCGACACGAACAGCAGCAUUCGCACCCCGGCCUCCCACCGCCCCGCGGCCAACCUCCGCCGAGCGCAGUCCCGGGACAACGCCAAGACGCUCGGCGGCGGGCCGGGCAGCAUGCGCAGUGGCAGCACCUUCGCCAUGGAUCGUGGCGAGGGCAUUGAGCUGCCGGUUCGCCGACGAGACUUUAGCGCGGCGAACGAUGGGAACAGUUCUCACGGUGGAUAUGCGCGGUCGAACACGUCGAGCCAUGCUCACCUGCCCCUCUCUGGUAGCAUUACUGGGUCGGGAGGGUUCCUUGUGCUCGACGACAUGGUAGAGUCGAGAAGCUCGAGGAGUGGCGGAUAUGGCCGACAGGCGCAGCGGGAGAGUGUCGAGACGGACAGCAUGUCACCGCGGAUCCGGGACUUUGACCUGGACGUAAUCGAUGACCACGAGCCGUGA